ACGGAAGUGACGUCAUGCGGACGACGUCGUUAGUUUGGAAUGGGGAAGAAGAGUUGUAAUGUGUUGUUUUGAUCCUCUUUAGCUCUCUAACCAGCUAGACUUUUAGAAUGGGGCUUUUCGGAAAAACACCUGAGAAACCGCCCAAAGACCUGAUUAAUGAAUGGUCCCUGAAAAUCCGGAAGGAAAUAAGGGUGAUUGACAGACAAAUCCGAGAUAUUCAGCGAGAGGAGGAGAGUAAACGAUCCAUUAAAGAUGCCGCAAAGAAGGGACAAAAGGACGUGUGCAUCAUUCUUGCCAAAGAGAUGAUUCAUUCAAAGAAGGCAGUCAACAAACUUUAUGCCUCCAAAGCCCAAAUGAACUCUGUGCUUCUUAGUAUGAAGAAUCAGUUAUCUGUGUUAAGAAUGGCCGGCGCAUUGCAGAAGAGCACAGAGGUCAUGAAGGCCAUGCAGAACCUGGUGAAAAUCCCUGAGAUCCAGGCUACUAUGAGGGAACUCUCAAAGGAGAUGAUGAAGGCGGGUAUUAUAGAGGAGAUGCUGGAGGACACGUUUGAGGGCAUGGAAGAUGAGGAUGAAAUGGAGGAAGCAGCAGAGGCGGAAGUUGAUAGGAUCCUGUUUGAGAUCACAGCCGGCGCUCUUGGAAAAGCUCCCGGCAAAGUCACAGACGCUCUUCCUGAGCCAGAGCCAGUCGGGGCUACCGCAGCCUCAGAAGACGAAGAGGAAGAUAUUGAAGAAAUGCAGUCCAGGCUAGCAGCACUGAGGAGCUAAAAUGUUAAAGCUACUCUGACUAAGCUUCUGUAGGCAUAGAUAGAAGUCUCCUCCCGAUUACAGCGAAUUUAUUCUUCGAAUGUCUUGUUUCUUCUAUAUGUCUUUAUAAGGACUGAAUUGGUAUCGGCAGGCUGUAUAAUAGUUUUACACACAACACGAGACCAAAAGAAAUGCAAAUACACCAGAACUUCCUUUGCCUACACAAUUAAACAGCAAGGUUUAAAUGAACAGCAGUUAGAAACCUUUUCAUGCAGUUUUUUCUUGGCUGCUUGUAGAUCAUUUCGGUCUGAUUAUUUUCAGAAAAACAUUAUUUAAAUAAGAUAUCAGUCAUUUCUGUUUUAAACAGUGAGUUAAGUUAGUCCAUGCUGUGAACACCAGGAUCUGUGUAACAUGACAAAGGAUUGGUUGUACAGUGCAGUCAUCUUGUUGGUCUCUAUCCUUCUGUCUUUAUCUUCACUGUGCUUUCUCAAACCUUAUUUGGUGUCUAAGCAAAUGCUUCUUCCCUGUGUAACCGUUCAGUCAAAAGAAAUGUGGUUUUACUGAAUUAAGAAAACUUAAAAAUAAGCCAUUUUUGUAUGUAAGUUAUGUAUAAAAUAUAUAAAUAUUGAGUGUGUUUAUUUGAAUUUGAUAUUAAGUCAAUUCCUCCUGGUUAUGUAAAGGGUUCUGUGAUCUGGCUGCAGGCUGGGUUGAUGAAAACCAUGCUUUGUUCUGACUUGUUAUGGUAACUGUGCAGCUUUCACAAAGAGACGCUGAACCCCAGCCAAUGUUGAGAACGUUUCCAAGUUUGCACUCGUAAAUUAUUGUUGUCAAGAGAACUCCAGAAGUCUGAGACGUUUUCUAAAUGUUCUAGACUAGUAUGGUUUCACAAAAGAACUGCUGUGCAUCGAAAAUACUUGAGUUUAUUAGAAAAAACACUAUCAGUAACUGUAACGUCUUCCUUUUCCUCAAUGUUGUUUUAAAUUAUUUCACCAUGCUUGAAAUAAAUCUUAUAGCCAAACAUUUGGGGGGGAAAGACAAACUCAGAAAUGAAAUUUUGUUUGAUUUUUACCACUUUAUGUUAAAUCACAAGCCACGUUUACUUCAAUACACUAUUACGUUUUUGUGAUGUGACCUUGUGUAGCAGAGAUCGUUAGGUCUUCAUUUAAAAUACAGCAUCAGAGAUAUGGGGCUUUUUCUGCGCAUACUAUUCUGUGGGAUCUCUUAUAACUCUCCCUAUUAAAAAUGUGUCAAAUUGUCAGUUUAUAGCAUGAGACUCCUAUCUCUUACAGCUGUCUAUUUGUGUUUGAGUAUUCUGCCUUUCAAAAUUUUCGUUCCUUGUCUAAAAUAAGGGUAUGUCAUCAAUUCAUGAUGCAUAUAGCAAAAUAUAUCUUCUUAUAGCUGACUGGAAAUCUUUUAUACAAAUUCAGAUUCAUUCACUAAUUAUUAGUGCUUCAUGAAAAAUUUUCAAAGAAAGCAGUUAGCCUUAUUUCAGUCUUAUAAAAAAAUGUAUAUAUCUGGAGAAUGCACACAGAAAUGUGUUUUGUAAACAGGGCUGUAUAAGAAUAAACUUUUAUGAUCAAA